GAGGAUGAGAAGAAACAGACAUAUAACCUGUGUUGGAAUGAGUUUCCGACCAAUCUGUUAUCUUUUUUCAAAGAGCUUCGAGAACAGGAGGAGUUCGUAGAUGUUACCCUUGCCUGCGAGGGUCAGCAGGUGGCGGCCCACAAGGUCGUCCUCUCCGCCUGCAGCCCUUACUUCAGGUCUCUGCUCAAGAACAACCCGUGCGACCACCCCAUCAUCAUCUUGAACGAGGUGCGCUACACGGAGCUGGUCACCCUCCUGCAGUACAUGUACCAUGGCGAGGUGCAGAUCGCCCACGACCAGAUCAAGGACUUCCUGCGCACCGCCAAGUUGCUACAGAUCCGCGGGCUGGCCGAGGCCGCGGCCGCAGAGUCCAAGACGCGGACGCCCCCGGAGACCAGCCGUGAGAAUGGUCCCGCCCGCGAGGCGCCCACGCCCACGCCCAAGGCUGAUUCCGUCGAGCCCGAGGAGGAGGGGCGGCCUCCAGACAGCCCCCAGGUGAAGCGCAUCAAGCUGAGCAGCAGCGUGGGCGCACCACCCUCGUCGUCGCCCUCGCCGCUCCAGACCGGGGGUCCCAGCCCCCCCGCGCCCACGCCGCCCAUCGCCAGCCUCCCGCCCACUAUGAGCACCAUGGCGAGCAUGUCCGGCCUUCCCUCCCUUCCGCCCGUGGGCAUCCCGGGCCUGCCCCUGCCGCUCUCCCUGCCUUCCUCCAUCACCGCCCUUCCCCCCGUGACCACGGCCCACCCACCCUCCAUCCACCACGCCCGCGGCACCCUCCACACGCCCACCACCGUCAGCCAGCCCUCCUUCCCAGGCAUGUACCCCGGCGCAGGAUCCGAGGACACGCAGGACACCCUGGGCAGCGACCGCUCCGAGGACCGCGAGAAGUCCCGCCGGUUCGGGGGGUUUCCUGGCCCCUCCGGUCUCGUAGGCUUGGCGUCUGCUGCCCUUGGCUCCAACCCUGACAGUAAUCCUGGGUGCGCGGGGUCACGUGACCUCGAUCUGUCUGUGCUGCUCUCCCAGCUUGGGGGGGUUGACCCCCCUCCCCCUCUGCAACAGGGGGCGCAGCUCCCGGCGGGCGGGCCGGCCGCGGCCCCUCCGGCCAACCUGCACAUGUGCGUGGUGCGAGGAGUGUGGCCGCAGCUACAGCACAGUAGGCAACCUGAAGCAGCACGUGGCCAACGUGCAUGGGCGGGGGGAGUGGGUGGCGUGCGGCGUGUGCGCCAAGACCUUCAAGACGCGUCAGUACCUGCAGUCCCACCUCCUGCAGCAGCACGGCAUCCGGCAGCGCCCCGCGCCCCUCCUGCCGCCCUGCCCGCAGCCCUUGGACCCCUCCCACCACAUGCUGCCCCACGAAUCGCCGUCCAGCUCCGCGCAGACCUCGCCUUUUAGCCCCGCCUACCGCCCCUACCACAACCAGCCGUCCCUGUGCCCCUCCCUGCCCCAGUCCUCGGGCCUCCACAACGGCCACGCCCCCCAGUACGGGCAGGCCUCCUCCUCCUUCCACAACGCCAUGCCCAACGCCCUGAACCCGCCCCCUGGCCCCGCCCCUCCGCAGCCGGACAGCAGCGGGUCUAGUCUUAGUGCAGAAAUGUUGCCCAUGCAGAAACGAGAGAUAAAGAAGAAUUCAGAGUGUAGAACUCGCCCACGAAUACCCAUGUGGCUGAAAAACGUGGGCUGUUUCGCACAACAGGGAGAUCUUGAUUUGUCAUGCAUUGGGAACAUAAUUUGUAAUCGCCUUUUCGAAAGUGUGCGACGAAUCUGUGCCGAUUACCUUGCUGCUCUACACGCAAACCACGCUGAAGCCUCAUCUCUGGCAGACAUUGCGGUUUCAUACCCAGGUCGUCCCCGCUUCGACUUCUACCGCGUGCGAGCAACAGACCCGCGGCCCUGCCACCUGUGCGGCAAGAUCUACAAGAACGCCCACACGCUCCGCACGCACAUGGAGGACAAGCACUCCAACUGCAACGGAUUCCGCUGCGUCCUCUGCGGCACCGUGGCCAAGUCUCGCAACUCGCUGCACUCGCACAUGAGUCGCCAGCACCGCGGCAUCAGCACGAAGGACCUGCCGCUGCUGCCCAUGCCGGCGCCCUGGGACCCCGAGAUGGCGGCUAAGUACAUAUCGAUGGUGGGCGGCGUCGGCGAGGUCGUCAGGCAGAACUACCGGCGCCCGGACCGAGAGCGAGAGAGCAACACCUCCGGCAGCGACAACGCGUCGCGAGACCGGGAGGUGGAGAAGACCCCGACUUCUCAGGAAAACGGCGGACUGUACUUCAAGGGCGACUUGGGAGGGCGCGACCCAGAGGACGGCAUGAAGGAGCGGCGGCCCUACGACGCCAUCAGCCGCCACCUAGACCUGUACCCCGGCCCCAAGCCCGUAGGCGCCUCGCUGCUCGACACCUACCUGCAGAUGAUGCGGGCCUCGGGCAUGGAUCUGACCUCGCCCAGCGCUGACAACCUGCCGGACGACCGCAAGUUCCUGCACUCGCGGCCCCUUGGCGGCGGCGUCCUCGACCUAACCCGCCCCGAGAUGACCCGCAGUUGCUCGCCGCCGCCGCGGGAGGACGACCACGGCGGCCAGGGCUCGGACGACUUCAGCGAGGACGAGCACGGCAGCCUGCACCUGGACGAGGUCCGGGCCCCGCAGAAGCUCGGCGGCGGCGCCACCGUGGUGACCGUCACGCCGCGCUCGCCCGAACCCUCCGACACCGAGGACGAGGCAAAGUGGGCCGUGCAGUAG